AGUAAGCUUAAGAAAUGAAGUCCCCACAGUUUUCAAUGUUAUUCACUCUUGUUUUGACUGCUUUCUUCUCGUUUUCAUGGGCAACUUUGCCUCAUCAAAGUUUUCUCCAGUGUCUUUCCCUUCGUUCAAAUGAUUCUUCAAUUUCCAAACUAAUUUUCACACGAACAAAUUCUUCGUAUGGAUCUGUUUUGGAUUCUACGUUAUGGAAUCUUAGGUUCAACUCAACCAAUACCCCGAAACCUUUGGUCAUUGUAACACCAACGCAGAUAUCCCAUAUUCAAGCAACCAUUCAUUGUUCCAGAAAACAUGGGCUACAAACAAGAACCAGAAGUGGUGGCCAUGAUUACGAGGGUCUCUCGUCUAUCGCCAAAGUCCCUUUCAUUAUCAUCGACUUGGUUCACUUCCGAUCGGUGGAUGUUGACGUUGAAAAUAGAAUUGCAUGGGUUCAAUCCGGUGCGUCGCUCGGUGAACUUUAUUAUAGAAUUGCAGAAAAAAGUACUAAACUUGCCUUCCCAGCUGCCGUUUUCCAUACAAUCGGCGUCGGUGGCCAUAUUAGCGGCGGAGGUUUCGGGUUACUGCUCAGAAAAUACGGCCUUGCCGCUGACAAUGUGCUAGAUGCUCAAUUCAUCGACGUAAACGGAAGGGUUCUCGAUAGAAAAUCCAUGGGGGAAGAUUUGUUUUGGGCUAUUCGAGGCGGCGGCGGCGGUAGCUUCGGGAUUGUCCUUUCCUGGAAACUAAGUCUGGUUCCCGUUCCGGCAAACGUGACAGUGUUUUCCGUCACCCGGGUCCUCGAACAAAACGCGACCGAAGUCGUCCAUCGAUGGCAAUACAUCGCUCGUGAUCUUCCCGAUGAAGUGUACUCAACCGUUAUACUGAGAGGCAUUAAUUCAACUCAAGACGGGAGGAAAACAGUUCUAGCGAUCUUUAGUUCAUUGUUUCUCGGCACAAUUAACGAGCUUCUUCCAUUAAUGGAGCAGAGAUUUCCCGAGCUAGGAUUAACAAGACAAAAUUGCACUGAAAUGAGUUAUAUCCAAUCGCUUAUGGUAAACAACGGACUCCCAAACCAACCAUUGGAGAUUUUGCUUAAUUGGACAGUGCAAAACAGUGCUGCAUAAUGGAUAGAAAUAAGGUCAUGGUUUUAAUCUUCUGUCUGUUUUUGCUUUAAUUGUUAGCAAUGGAGCUCAAAGUGAACUUUAUUAGCAUUGAGAAAUAAGAAUACC